GUCAUUUCCGGCGCUUAUUCAUUCGCCCUCUCACACUCUAAUGUAAUGGCAGACAAAUUAAAGCACCUUCACUUUGAGCAUAACCUUCCUGGUGUAGAACCAUGGAGGCCACCUUUCAAGCUCCCAGAAUCUGGGAAUUUUGACUCUCUCCUUAAUGACGCAUACUUACUUCAUCUCCUCGCCAUUCGACCCGAACGUGUCUUGCCACCAGGGAAGAGCAUUGCAUCCGUUUUCUCCGAUGCACCUCGUGAAGGGACUCCGCGUGAUACCACGUCCCUGGAGCAGCAAGUAGCACACAUGGUCACACGAGCAUUCUGGGAGGAGGCUAUUAGUUCUCUGUCUUCUCAAUACUCCGGGACCAUUAUCAGUCGUCUGAGCCAGCUCUACAGGGACAUGCACGCAGUCCUGCUACCCGUUCUCCCAUCGACUCUCCCAAUUAUGAUGACUCUGAGUCGGCCUCUUUCCCCGUCAUCGUCCCCCCUGAUGUCAGGUAUAAACGUGACACGCGUGGUUCUCCAUGAGCUUCGAGAACGCUGUGCGCCAGCGAGAGAUCCCGAGAUCGAUUCACUGCUUCGAAAAAUUAACAAUCCUGUGUCAGAGAGGGAGUUCCCCAACCUCCUUGUAUCAACUAUUCGCUCAAUAUUCCAAAUAAUAGAGGAAAUGACAUCUGAUCUCCAUCACUUCAGGCUGUCUUCGCUGGGGGAGUCCGACAUGAGGCAACUUGUGAGGGCGGAGGCGCAAAGGAGAGAGCGGGAACUCGUUCUAAGACUCUACGGUGGCUCUCUAGGUGUCAGUAGACCUUUUCGGGAGUGGGUCAGCUUUCCAACCACAACUUCGGAGCCACUACGAUGGAUAGCGAGGCUUAUAUCUUCACUUUCUACUCCCAUCUCCAUCUCAGUUCAUGAUCCUCCCUUCACUGAGAUGCCUCCGGAAGCGGGAGCGUUAGCCCCUUCACCUGAGCAACCCACCAACAUUCUGCCUCCCGUUUUCCUGCUCUCAUCGCCGCUACUAUUCCGUAUUCAGAACCUCCUCCAGGCUCUGGUGGCAUGUGCAUGCCUUCGUGUUUUUGCAUUUCCCUCCACAUCAUCCCAAGCGCAACAAAGAAAUCAUGCUGCUCACUCACAGAAAGCACAGGGUCCCUCAGAGACUACGUUUGUUUCCAGAGUUUGGACGCUUCUCAAUACUGAAAUCGAUCGUGGAGGAUACGCAGAAGCGGAAACAAAGUUGGUGAACUUAGAGGAUGAAGUUAUUCAUGUGGCAAGAUUUCGCCAAUUAAACGACGGGGCGUCGUCAGGACCGCAAAAUCUCUCAACGAGUGAGGAAGAUCGCAUUAGAAACAAUGUUCGACGAAUCAUUCGAGCAGAAGACCCAGUCUUCAAGCUGUUUAUGAAAAGAGUGGCGGAUGCGAUAGAUCAGUACAUAGUCUCCCUUCGGGAGCCUGCGUCCCAAUCAGGAGCGAAGCAUUCUAUGGUACCACUGCGUCUGAGAACAGGCAGACACGUCGGAAAAGCACAAGAUAAUAGUUAUAAAGCACCUUUACUGGACCAAACCAUCCCUCUACCAAUUGUGAAAGGAUUUGAGGAUCAUGCCCUAGUUGAAGGAUUGGGGGAAAUUACGAAGGAGAUCUUGGAUUGCAUAGUAUGGGUUGAAGAAGUUUGGCAAGAUGCAUUGGCCUCUGGCUUGUUUAGUCCAACUAAUCAUUAGAGAUUGGUCUCACCCGAACUUUUAUAUACUAAAGGAUUGUAAUAAAACACACAUGUUCGCAU